AUGCAUGAUAUUAAACCAUGUGUUUUUCAGAUUUUACCAAAUUUCUAUGGAAAUUUAAAUGAAAACACUUAUGAUCAUUUGCAAGAGUUUCUGAAAAUAUAUGCAACUAUAAAGGGUACUGAUGAUUCCUUGAAAAUUGCUCUAUUUCCAUUCUCACUUAAGGGAGAAACAAGUCACUGGAUUUCCACUCUUAAUUUGAGAAAUAUUACAUGGUCUAAAUUGGUUCAGGAAUUUCUUAAAAAGUUUCAUCCUUGUGGAAAAUCUUAAAAAAUUUCAUUAACAUCCUUGUGUAAAGACUCAUGCUCUAUUUCCAUUAACAUGUUGAUCACUUAAAUUGAUCAUGAAAUUUUCUCAAAAUGUUAAUGAAUCUUUACAUGAUGCUUGGAAUAGAUAUACAAAAAUGUUUCGAAAAUGCCCUCAUCAUAGUGUUCCUAAAUGACAACUUGUUCAAAUUUUUUAUGGAUUAAACUACUGACAUAAACAACUUGAUUGAUGCAUCUUGUGGUGGUUCUUAUGCUAACAAGAGUAAAGAUCAUGUGUAUAAGCUUCUAUAAGAAUUGAGUGAAAAUUCUUAUAACUCUUUGGAUUUUGAUAGAACUAAUCCUCCCUUGAAAAGGGAUGAUGUUUAUGAAUUGAUCAAGCAUGCAAAUAAGGAUUUGAGGAAUGAAGUCAAUGAGAUCAACAAGAAGUUAGAGAAGCUACUAUCUUCUCAAGGUACACAAAACCUUAAAACCCCAAUUUUGUAAAAUUCAGUUUGUUCUAUUUGUACUAGCAUUGGUCAUGAUGAGAAUACUUGUCCUACAUUUCUACAAUCUAUGAAUCUUGAUCAUGAGCAUGUCAAUGCAUUUUCAAAAUCUAAUUUUAAUUCUUGUCCUCAUCAAAAUUCUACUUGGAAUUCAAGUCCUCAAGACAUGCAAUUUUCAAAACCUCCAUCUCACAGUUUUCAAAAUAUAAAUCCUUCAUCACAAAAUCCUUUAUAUCUUCAAAAUUUCCAAAAUUUCCAAACCCUGUCUGUUUUUAACUCUAAUUUUUAAAAUCAGAUGUCUCAUUUUCAAAAUCAAAUACCUUCUCAAAUUGUCCCAUAUCCUCAAAACUGUUUUCCACAUCCUAUGCACAAUAGAGUGGCCUUAGGAGCUCCAUCUCAUGUUCCUAAUGCCCAUUUAGAGGAGACUGUUAAUUCUUUGAAGGAACAAUUGCAAUAGCAAUAGUAAGCUAUGGCACUAUUAAUGACCCAAAAUAAACAAAUUGCAAAUAUUUCAAAGGUCAAACAAUCAAGGGAGUCAACCAAAUAAGGUAAACCCUAGAGGACAACUCCCUAGUCAAGCCAUAGUUAGUCCUAAGAAUUAUCCUCUUGGUUUUACACCUUCUAUCCCUACCACCUCCAUGAUUAGUGGUCAAGACCCUAGCAGUAGCCAAGGAUCUCAAGUAGAAGAGAUUAAGGAGGUGAAGAGACUUAGAAAUGGUAAGUUGAUAUCCAAAGCCACUAGGAUGCCUUCAAGUGAGCCGAGCUUACCUAAAUUAGGGGAUGAUGUGCAAGAGAAAGGAAACAUUAUUUCUGAUCAAGAAAAUGAAAUUAGAGAUAGAGAGAAUGAGAAAGAAAAGAAGAAAGGAAAAUCCAUCUUUAAGGAGCUUGGUGAGAGUGGAGAAAAAGAGAAUUGAAAAGAGAUAGGGCUAUCUAAAGAGACUGAAGCUUAUAGUCUACCUAUUCCUUUUCCUUCAAGUCUUUUUCCUCACUUAAAAGAUAAAAGGAAGCAUAUUGAUGAUCAUGAAUUAUAAGAAUUAUUUUCUAAAGUUCAAAUUUAAAUCCCUUUGGUUGAUGCUAUUCAACAAGUUCCAUCUUAUGCUAAAUUUUUGAAAUAUCUUUGUACUCAAAAGAGAGAAACUAAGAAAAUUAACCUUUAAUCUGAGAUUAGUGUUAUCAUUUUAAAUGAAAUGCCCAAGAAAAGAAAAGAUACAUGGAGCCCACUUUUCUCUUGCUGCAUAAGAGGUAUGACUUUCAACAAGACUUUACUAGAUUUGGGUGUGAGUGUGAAUCUCCUUCCAACUUACCUUUUUAAAAAAAAUUAUUUAUGAGAAUUAAACCUACUGGUAUUAUUGUCUCUUUAGGGGAUAGAUCUAUUAGAUAUCUUAAAGGGUUAAUUGAGGAUGUUAUAAUCAAUAUCGAAGGAUGCUAUUUUUCAUUUGAUUUUUUAAUUCUAGACAUGAUGCCACCUGAAAAUCUUAAAGAAUCAGCUAUUAUUUUGGGGCGUGCAUUUUCAGCUAUAGUUAGUGCUAAUAUAAAUUGUGCCACUAGAAUAGUGGAUAUGUAUUGUGGUGGUCAGCAUAUUUCAUUAAAUGUAUUUAAGGCAGCUAAGUUUGCUAAAGAAGAAGGAGGAGAAGAGUAUGAUGUAGUUGAUUCAAUUAUUGAGAAGGUAUGCAUGUUUGAUACUUCUUUUGAAAAUUUAUCUUCUGGUUUACAAGAAAUAUUCGAAAAUCCUUCACAGAAACCUAUUGUUUUACCUUUGAAUGCUCACAAUAAUUUAGACCUUAAACCUCUUCCGCAUAACUUGAAAUAUACAUUUUUAGGACCUAAUGAUACUUACCUACCAUUAUUGCAUCUCAUUUAACUUUUGAUGAAGAAUCAAAAUUACUUUCUAUUUUUAAAGAAUAUAAAGGUGCAUUAGGAUGGCAUAUGAGUGAUUUAAAAGGUAUUAGUCCUGAUAUAUGCAUGCAUAAAUUUGUUUUGAAUGAAAAUGCUAAACCUAUACAUGAGUGUCAAAGGUGACUAAAUCUAAAUAUGAUGGAAGUAGUUAAAAAUGAAAUUAUUAAAUGGUUAGAGGCUUGUUUUAUUUACCCUAUUUCAUUCAAGUACUAAAUGGUUAGGCUUGUUUCAUUCAAGUUGUGUCAAAAAAAUCAGGCCUAACCAUAUCAACUAAUGAGCAUGGUGGAGAGAUAAAAUCUAGGUUGCCUAUUAAAUGGCAGGUAUGUAUUGAUUAUAGGAAGUUAAAUUUAACCACUAAAAAGGAUCAUUUUCCUUUACCUUUUAUUGAUCAAAUUCUUGAAAAGUUAGCUGAAAAAACAUAUUUUUUGUUUUCUUGAUGGAUAUUUAGGGUAUAAUCAAUUAGCGAUCCACCCUAAUGACAAAAGAAGACUACUUUUACUUGUCCUUUUGAUACAUUUGCAUUUACAAGGAUGCCUUUUGGAUUAUGUAAUGCUCCAGCCACAUUCGAAAGAUGCAUGAUCUCUUUGUUCUCUGAUAUGCUAGAUGAUUUUCUUGAAGUUUUCAUGGAUGACUUUUCUAUUUUUGGGUCUUAUUUUGAUGAGUGUUUUGGACAUCUCAAGCAAGUCUUGGCUAGAUGUGUGGAGUCCAAGCUUGUUCUAAGUUGA